CACACACACACACACACGCACACUUCUGGACAGUUUCUGGUUGUUUCUGGGAGUUUGGGAGAGAGAUGUCUGAGGCGCAGAGCAGCGGAGACAUUCCUGAUGAGUCUGCAGGAAAAGGAAAAGGAAAAGGAAUUCCAAACGGAGGGAAUGCUGCGAAGAGCCAAGAGGACUUGGACUUGGCAGCGACCUACGUGUCCGACGCUCAGUACAACAGGAACAUCUACUUCGACACGUCUCCACAGGCCAUCAGACUCUACCAGCUCUACAACCACUGGCUUCCCAAGGUGCUGCUCUACUUCUGCAUCCUGGUCGAUCUGUCUCUGGCCGUGUUUGAGGAGCCAGCCGUCCACCUGCUGCCCACAUGGGUGACAAUGCUGGUGGAGCUGUUCUGUCUGCUCAUCUUUAUUGUGCGACUCGCUCACUACGCCAGAGUGAUCCCCCGAGACAAGUUCUGGAAGGACCCCAAGAACAUCUGCAUCAUCGUCAUCAUUUUGCUCUCUCUGGUGGAUAUGAUGGUGUACGGAGCUCUCACAGCUACUAACUGUUAUGCUGUCCGCUGGUCCAGAGUCCUGAGACCCCUGCUGCUGGUCAACGUGACCGAGGGACGCCAGCUGCGCAGAGCGUUCAGGAGCAUCCGGAACGCUCUGCCUCAGAUCUUCUAUGUCUUCCUGCUCUUCAUGUUCAGCGUCCUCAUCUUCUCCCUGAUGGCGCUCAAACUGCUCGGCAAGCGAGGUCUGAAGACGAUCGAUGGACAUCCAUACUUCACCAACUACCUGGACAUCGUCUUCGACCUGUACGUCCUUGUCACAACGGCCAACAGCCCCGACGUCAUGAUGCCCGCAUACAACAACAGCUUCUUCUUCGCCAUCUUCUUCAUCCUCUACAUCCUCAUCAACAUCUACAUCUUCAUGUCUGUCUUCCUCGCUGUUGUCUACAACAACUACAAGAAAUACCUGAAGGAGGAGGUACGGCAGCUGGUGAGGGCCAAAAGGCACAAGAUGGUGCGAGCAUUCGCGGUGCUGCAGGAGCAGCGGCAGGAGGGCGGGGAGCCCGUGGUGAGCCGGGAGAACUGGAACAAGAUGGUCCGACUGGUCCGCUCCGACAUCAGCAACGCUCACAGAGAACUGCUGUGGAGCGUCUCAGACAACAACCAGCAGGGCUGCAUCGGUAAGGUGGCGUUCGUCCAGCUCGCUGACCUGCUGAACAUCGAGGUCAUCACGCUCAAGUCCAGGCCCCACCCCUUCCACCGCCUCUGCCCCGCCCUCUACCUGUCUGCCCCCAGCCGGCUAGUCUGCAGGCUCGUCCAGCACCGGGCCUUUGUGAUGGUGUACGACAUGAUCAUCCUGGUGAACGCCGUGUUCAUCGGUCUAGACGAGGCGAACCCUCUGAUAGCGAACUCUGAGUGGGUGUUCCUGUCUCUGUACCUGCUGGAGAUCCUGCUGAAGCUCUACGUGUUCGAGCCACGCGCCUUCUUCUCCAGACACAGCUUCUGGAACUGGUUCGACACCCUCAUCGUCAUCUCCGCUCUGAUUGCCACCAUUGUCAACUCUGCCGUCACGUCAUCGGGCAGCUACACUAGCCGGCAGAUCCUCGACAUUGUCUUCAUCCUCAGAGUCCUCAGACUGAUCCGCGUGGUGGACAGCAUCAAAAGGUUCAGAACCAUCAUCAACACUCUGAUCCGCAUUGGACCGGCCAUCCUCACCUUCGGACAGCUGAUCGUUGUGGUGUACUACAUCUUUGCGAUGGUGGGGAUGGAGCUGUUUAAGGGGAAGGUGUCGUACGUGUCGGGCUCCAGUGACCCGGCUCAGGCGUUCUGCUGGAAUCCGCGGCUCAACAACACGGCCUUCGCUAAACUCAACUACUGCAAGAACAACUUCAACAACGUGGUGUCGUCCUUCAUCCUGCUGGUGGAGCUCACCGUGGUCAACCAGUGGCACGUGAUCAGCAGUGGCUUCGCCUCCGUCACUCACCCCACCGCCAAGCUCUUCUUCAUCUUCUUCCACAUUGUCGUCGUCAUCGUCAUCAUCAACAUCUUCGUGGCGUUCGUCCUCGAGGCAUUCUUCGUCGAGUACUCGGUGGAGAAGAGCGACCUGCAGACGUCUCUGGAGAGGAAGAUCGAGGAGCUGGAGCUGGCUGUGGCACAGGAGAAGCUGGAGGACAAUCUGGUGAACGCCAUGGAAACCCCAGACAGCGAGCAGGGAACCGACCAAUCAGCAGCCAGUGCGCCCGCCCUCAUGUUCAAGAUCGCUUCCAAAAGGUAUCGGACCGUGGACGCUCUGCUGCAGCGGAUGUUCGAGGCCGACCUUGACCCCGAGGACUUCGCCGAACACGACGACGCCAACGGGAACUUUGAGAACCCAACGUUUAGCUCUGCAUAGACACCUAUGAACAAAAUCCAUAUUUGUAUCGUUUCUAUAAAGUUUUGUACUCGGCAUCAUCAGACAGGUUGAAAUGUGAUUUUACCUGCUGUUUAUUUUUAUAUUUGUGUACAAACAUAAAGAAUAUUUACACUUUCA